UAUCUACAAAAGUUAGAAAUUGUCUCUCGAUUAGCACAUUAAACUACAGGUGUUAGAGAGGAGAGCAUCCAUUACCUAGCUCUUCUGAGGCUUCGAAAGGUCUGUAAUGGGUGGAAGCAGCAAGUAUUUGUUGGUGUCUCUCCCACUCCACAAUUCAGCGUCCUCAACAUGGCAACUCCUGCAGGAAGGAAUCUCAAAGAAUGCAUUCGAUACUCCCACUUACAGAUUCUAUAUACCAGACCUCCGGAUUGGAACGCUAGAUUCUCUAUUAUCUCUCAGUGACGAUCUAGUCAAGGCAAAUUCAUUUGUGGAAGGAGUAACCCAAAAAAUUCAGAGACAGAUUGAAGAUUUGGAACGGGCAUCGAGUGUUGAUUCAGGGAGACUUACAGUGGAAGGAGUUCCUGUCGAUUCAUACAUUACUAGGUUUACAUGGGAUGAAGCCAGGUACCCUGUAAUGUCGCCUCUUCGAGAGACUGUGAAUACCAUACAUGAGUCUGUAUCAAAGCUUGAAGAUGGACUCAAGGUACGUGUGGCUGAGUUUAACAACAUCAGGAGUCAACUUAAUGCUAUAAACAGGAAACAAUCUGGCAGCAUGGCGGUGCGCGAUCUUUCCAACUUAGUGAAAGCUGAGGAUAUGAUAAGCUCAGAACAUUUGACCACACUGCUUGCGGUUGUGCCAAAAUAUUCUCAAAAGGAUUGGCUAUCGAGCUAUGAAACACUUUCUACUUUUGUGGUACCAAGGUCAUCUAAAAUGUUACAUGAGGAUAAUGAGACAGUACUUUACAGUGUUACUCUGUUCAGGAAAGUAGCUGAUAGUUUCAAAAUUAGUGCACGCGAAAAAGGAUUUCAGAUUCGCGAUUUCGAAUAUGAUCCAGAAGCCCAAGAAAGGAGGAAAGCAGAGAUGGAACAAAUACUGAAUGAUCAGGAGACCACGAGGGUUGCUCUCCAACAAUGGUGCCAUGCUAGCUAUGGAGAGGUUUUCAGCUCCUGGAUGCAUCUGUGUGCAGUUCGCCUCUUUACGGAAAGCAUUUUGAGAUAUGGCUUGCCACCUUCAUUCUUGGCAGCUGUCUUAGUUCCGCCAAUUAAAAGUGAAAAGAAAGUCCGCUCCAUUCUUGAACGAUUGACUGGUAAUCGAAAUAGUAACUUCUGGAAAUCUGAAGAAGAUGUGGGGAUUACGGGUCUCGCUGGAGGUGAAGUUGACACUUAUCCAUAUGUGUCAUUCACAAUCAACUUGGCAACAUAAGUCAUUUUGUUUUGAAAUUUUUUCCAUAGAGAGAUUGUUUAUCCUGACUAUAGCAAGAUGUUCAUAAUGUAUUUCCCUUAUUUAUCUAGUUUUUGUAGUAAUAAAAAGAAUGCCAUUAUCACGGAUGUUCCUCAAAGUGUAAUUCUUUAACAUUCUUGUCAUUUCAUCAAGACAAUGCCAAUUGUUGUGUACUUUGCUAUUUA